GAUAGACCUUAUACGAAACGCAUGUUAUAACAUUCACCAUCUGCGAGAUCAAAAUGGAGGACACUAAAUACUUCAAAUUUAGUACUAAAUCGCAGUAUAUAUAGUGGAUGUUUUAUUUAUAUAUUAGCUACAUAUGAUACAAACAGAUAUAUAUGGAAACAGUCUAAAGAAAAUGGAUCUAGAAAUAUAUAACAACACUCCAUAUUUGGACAUCAUGGCGAAUUAAUCGUGCAUCUAAAAACCAGAAGUUGGAUUUAAAAAAAUCGGCACAAUGUCUUGGAAUUAUAGAACCAAUUAUAGUAGUGGGUAUGUAGUGGAAUAUGUUCCCCUUAACGCUACCCCCUGUGCCAGCUGGUUGCUGUUCAUACCGGCUGAGAACCUGUGGCCGGCAGGCCUUCGGGCGUUCUUAUAUUUACUAGCGAUGAUAUACCUUUUUAUGGGAAUUGCUAUCUCGAGUGACCUGUUCAUGUGUAGUAUUGAGGCUAUAACUUCAAAGAAAAAGAAAGUUAUCCGUUUCGAUGAAGAAACCCAACAGAAAGUUGAACGGGAAGUUUUAGUCUGGAAUGAAACUGUCGCAAAUUUGACUCUCAUGGCGCUCGGAAGUAGUGCUCCGGAGAUUUUAAUCGCAGUUGGUGAAACACUUCAGAAUCUCAAUCAAAUAGGGAACCCAAAUGUAGGUGACGGAUUGGGGACGUUUACCAUCAUUGGGAGUGCUGCGUUCAACUUGUUGAUAAUCACAGGAAUAUGUAUAGUAAGCGUGCCAAGUCCGCAGGUGAAACCGAUAAAGGAAAUUGGGGUAUUUUGUAUCACGGCAGUCUGGUCAAUAUUUGCCUAUUUUUGGAUGUUAAUCGUGCUUCAGUGGGUGAGUCCACAGAUCAUCGAACCUUGGGAAGCAUUCGUCACAUUAGCGUUCUUCCCAAUUAUGGUAGUAAUGUCCUACGCACAAGAUAGCGGGUGGUGGUGUAAGAAGCGUAAAAGCGUGGGGACAGAUUCUCAAGAUGAGGUCCACAAUGUACGUAUAGUCAACCAAAAUAACAAAAAUAGUCUAAUCCAUGGGCCGUCAAAAGAGUUAUCACUCUUAGAGAAAGAGCACGAGCAAAGACACAGCCAUGCAAAUCUAAAGAAUGUAAUCGUGGACAGUAACAACAGGGAUCCAGAUGUAAGUUCCGGAGAUUCAGAAGCUAAACUUGUUAGAGUCCGACCAUCAGAAACGGCACCUCAAACUUUUGCAAGAGCAAGAUUUCGCCAUGCAGCAGUUAGAUCAAUGAUGGGAGGACGUAGGUCACAUCCUAAAUCAGCGCCAUCUGGCAAAUUAAAGAUGGUUGAUGUUGUAGAAACUGUCCGAACAGAUCACCAUCUUAACAUAUUAACUCCCUCCGAAGAUUUAUUUGGGAAGUUCACAUUUGCGGCACCAAGCUAUUCAGUUCUAGAAAGUGCAGGAAUCUUAGAGAUAGAUGUACUCUUCCAUAGACGUCCCCCAGCUUCCGACAAAAGACACAUCCAAAAUCACGGAAAGAGGCCUAAAAGUUAUAUACAGAAUGGUGUGAGCAAUGGAAAAACCACAGAGACAUCAUUUACGAAUCCAAUUUCAACCACAGCUGAAGAAGAUGAAAUGGUCAAAGGAACUGUUUCUAUCGAUUUUGAGACUCGGGAAGGUUCGGCAAAAAUAAAUAAAGACUUUAAAUAUACCCAAGGUUCAUUGGUCUUUUCCGAAACUGAAUAUAGAAAGUCGAUCACGAUUCCUAUCAUUAACGACAAUCAAUACGAGGCAGAUGCCGAUUUCUACGUCAUCUUAAAAAAUGCGCACGGAGGAUCAGGGAUCGGAGACCCCAGUGUGACGAGAGUCACAAUUAUUGAUGACGAUGAACCAGGGGAAUUCACGUUUGAUAGGUCCCACUAUGCUGCUGAUUUAAAGUCUGGAAUGAUGGCUGUCACUGUUGUGAGACAACACGGAUGUGAUGGCACCGUCACAGUGGAGUACUCGACUGUUGACGGCACAGCGCGUGGAGGUCCAGAAUUAACAGAGAAGCUUGACUAUGCAUCAGUACAAGGGGUCCUUACAUUUAAGCAUGGAGAAACGAGCAAACAAAUCCAAAUAGAUGUAAAUAAAGAGGCUAAGAGUUCAAAAAACUUCAUAGUGACCCUGAGGAAUCCCAGUCUAGGGGCCAAGAUAGGAGAACACAGUGCUGCAGUUGCUAACAUAUCUACAGAUGUCAUCGCAGACAGGAUAGCAGACAUCUUGGAUGAUGAGGAAGAAGAAGUCACAUGGGGUGGUCAAUUUAGAAAUGCUAUGAGUGUGGAAUGUGACAAGGAUGAUGAUGGCGUUGACAUUCCCCUCAAGUGGUACGACUACACACUCCACUUCCUAACAUUUUUCUGGAAGGUUAUUUUUGCCUUCAUACCCCCAAAGCAAUAUCUCGGGGCUUGGCCAACAUUUAUUUCCUCACUCGUAUUUACUGGUGUGCUGACUUUACUAGUUGAACAGCUUGGUCAUCUACUUGGCUGUACUAUAGGCAUUAAGACAGCUGUUACUGGUAUCACUAUAGUUGCAUUAGGAACAAGUCUCCCUGAUACCUUCGCCAGCAGAACUGCAGCUCUUCAUGAUCAAUACGCAGACGCUGCCAUAGGAAACAUUACAGGUUCAAAUAGUGUCAAUGUAUUCUUGGGACUUGGUCUUCCAUGGGUAAUAAGCGUAAUCUACGGAAUGGCGACGAACAAAACAUUUUAUGUGCCAACUGCAAACCUGUUCCAGUCAGUUUUAGUGUUCGCUGUAUGCGGCGUAUCCUGUAUAAUUAUGUUAUUUAUAAGGCGGAAGUUUAUUGGAGGAGAACUAGGUGGCGCUAAUAAAUUGAUAAAAUGGGGCUGCUGUCUUUUCCUGUUUCUAUUGUGGUUCAUCUACAUUCUCAUAUCGUCUUUGAACGCUUAUGGAUUAAUUGAAUUUAACCUAUAGAGUCAAAAAUGGAGAUCAUUAUUCUCCAUAUAAAAGUGUGAUUACUCGAGCUUUAAAAGUUGGGUUAGUUCUUGAUCUGAGGUCAAGGUCAAUUAUCUUGAUCCCAUAAUGCAGUGAAUAUUUACUACAUGUAGUCAUGGUGAUGCACAAAUCAAAAAUGCCAAAUCAAAAAUGAGGAACAGUGAAGUGUUUACUGUUAUUGCCAAAUACAUUAACCAGCAGAGGCCCAUAGGUAAAUAGUAAUCAGAUGAAACUCUUAAAGAUGUCAUCUAAAGUCUACAAAGGGUUGGCAGCAAAUGAUAGAGACAUAAUUUUAUAUAUUGGCAGUGUUCCAAAUUCCUCAUUUUAGGUUCCCUUCCAGAGGGAAGGGAAUGACAAAUGUCAAAACAUUGAGUGACAAAUGUCAACCAUUGAAUGACAAAUGUCAACCAUUGAAUAUCAACCAUUGAAUGACAAAUGUC